GACGCUCACGUGACGGGCGCUGGCGGUCAGCUGACUGCCGAGGUGCGCGGCGGCCGCGAUGGAGUUUCUCCUGGGAAACCCGUUCAGCUCCCCCGUGGGGCAGCGCAUCGAGAAAGCCACUGAUGGAUCCCUGCAGAAUGAAGACUGGGCCCUCAACAUGGAGAUUUGCGACAUCGUGAACGAGACAGAGGAAGGGCCCAAGGAUGCCUUCCGAGCCAUAAAGAAAAGGAUUGUAGGGAACAAAAACUUCCAUGAGGUCAUGCUGGCUUUGACGGUCUUGGAGACCUGUGUCAAAAACUGUGGCCACCGCUUUCACAUCCUAGUGGCCAGCCAUGACUUCGUGGAGGGUGUCCUGGUGAGAACCAUCCUCCCAAAGAACAACCCACCCACCAUUGUGCAUGACAAGGUGCUGACCCUCAUACAGUCCUGGGCAGAUGCAUUUCGCAGCUCACCAGACUUGACAGGUGUCGUAUCUGUUUAUGAGGACUUGAGGAGAAAAGGCCUGGAGUUUCCCAUGACUGACCUGGAUAUGCUGUCUCCCAUCCACACACCACAGAGGACUGUUUAUAGCCCUGACUCCCCAUCAGGACAGAAUUCACCUGCUGCCAACUCCCCUCAGGGAAUGGAGUCCAUUCUGCACCCUGUGACUCUGCCAGCAGAGCCAAGUACCCCCAGCGAUGCACCCAUCACACCCACGCUAGAGCAGAUUGGGAAGCUGCGCAGUGAGCUGGAAGUGGUGAAUGGGAAUGUGAAGGUGAUGUCCGAGAUGCUGACAGAGCUGGUGCCAUCACAGGCAGAGCCAUCUGACCUUGAACUGCUACAAGAGCUGAACCGGACAUGCAGAGCCAUGCAGCAGCGUGUGCUGGAGCUGAUUCCCCGAAUCCUCCAUGAGCAGCUGACAGAGGAGCUGCUACUUGUCAACGACAACCUCAACAAUGUGUUCCUGCGCUACGAACGGUUUGAGCGUCUCCGGACUGGCCGGUCUGCUAAGGUCCCAAAUGAAGUGGAAAACAACUUAGUGAACCUUGAACCUAGUGCCCCUUCAACAGUGAGGCAGCCUGAAGCCACCAGCAACCUCUCUGCUCAGCUGGCUGGGAUGAGUUUAGGUUCUGGCAGUGUCAGUGCUGGCCUACGGUCCCUAGACACCUCUGGCAAACUGGAAGAUGAGUUUGACAUGUUUGCCUUGACCCGGGGCAGUUCACUGGCUGAGCAGCGCAAAGAGGUGAAGUAUGAAGAUCCCCAGGCAACUGAAGGGCUCGCUGGAGCCCUGGAUGCCCGGCAGCAGAGCACAGGAGCAACGGAGACCAGUGUUUCCACCGAUGGAACCCCAAUCACUAACUGGAUGGUACGGCAAGGAAUGAUCCCAGUCCCCCAGGCUGCUUUCAUGGAGGACAUUGAGCAGUGGCUCUCCACUGAUGUGGGUGCUGAGCCAGAGGGUGCGAAGGGUGUCACUAGUGAAGAAUUUGACAAGUUCCUAGAAGAGCGAGCAAAGGCAGCGGACCAGCUGCCCACACUCCCCAGCCCUUCAGGAGGGAUGCCCACGCCCCCCGCCACCUCCAAUCCUCAUCGGAAGCGGGAGAAGGAAGAUGAUGCCAUGUUUGCCUUAUGAACCCUACAGACUGGUGUGCUGGAGCAAGAGGCCAUGCGUGCUGUUCUGCUCUCUUCCUGCCAGGGGCUGGGAGAGGAAGGGCCCUGCCCCCUUAUUUCCCCCCGCUCCCCACCUCUUCCCAUUUUUAGGCUGCUUUGGGGUUAAGUUGAACAUUGUCAUAUUCAGGGAUGUAACAGAGCAGACUUGUGGUGGGGAGUUUGCAACGCUGCUAGUCACACUGCCUGAUGAAUUGUGGGAGUACUGGGGUUGUUGCUGUGUGAUGAGAGCAAGCAGAAGAAUUUCCCUGUCCCCUCCACGCCCCCCAAAUGAAAUCACUGUAAACCCACCCUGAGAGUGGCUGCCACCCUCCAUCCUCCCCUUGACAGGCUGCGUUUUCCACCGAAAGCUGGGGCCUCCACUCUCAGGGGCUGACUUUUUGCCCAUUUUCUACAGAAAUAGGAAAGCAAGUGUGGUGCAGAUGUUGGGGUGGGAAGAAGUGGGGGAGGGCACGGACAGUAAUGGUCUGUUACUCUGUGUCCUGUUGCACAAGUGCACACUAUCUGCAACAUCGUCCUCUCCCCUCUUGCCCCAUCCCUCUACAGCUCUUUGCCUCCAGCAUCCUAUUCAUCAUGGGUCAUAUGGUUUUGCUGCACAUAAUCCAGGUACCCAAUCUCAUGGCUGGGGAUGAGACUGCAAAUGGUACUGAAUCCAAGGGGUGGAGGGGCUGCAUGCAGCUCCGCCUUUAUAAGGAGGUGGUGGGGAAGGGGCAGGGCCUUCAGCAAACUCUUGAAAUGAUCUUUGAUUAUGACUCUGGAUUCAACCUGUGCCUUUUAACUCAGUUUUACCUCUCUUCUAUUAUGGGAUGGGGAAAGUGAGUCUCCAGCCAGCUUUACACUACAAGACCCCUGCCAGCAAGGCUUUGUAAGUCAGGGGAGUGAUGGGGUGUGAUCCCUGACUGACACAACAGUGCUGACAGGGCAAAGGCAAGCAUGCCUGCAAAACUGCACACUUCCCAGGUUGACUUGUUCAGCUCCCUAGAAGUGGUUUACCAAGGGCAGAACAAGAUUCAGCUUUGCUGGGAUAUCUGGGACUGUGCUUGAAGCACUUAGCCAGGGUAGCAUACUCCUGUUCCUAUACUGGCAAACUGCUCCUGCUGUAGGCGUAGCCUUAAGGGAGGGAACAUUGAGGAGAGAUAAUACUUCAAACAAACUGUGCCUUAUCCAGAGGUGGCGGGUGAGGGGUGCUCCGGGCCUAGAACUAAUGCUGGUUAUUCAGUGUAAUUUGGGAGAUUUGCCUUUUGUAUUGCACAUUAAACAAGCAAAGUUUGACCCCCUGGGAGAGUGUGUGCUCUCUGUGAAGUUACGGCAGGCGGGGAAGGCAGCUGGGGAGCUGUGCUGCUAAGCAAGAGAGGCACCUGGCUACAGUGUUGGAGAGGAAAGAGAAGGGGAUGUGCUGCUGCUAAGAACAGGCACUUCCUCAGGUGGGGUGGGUAAAGGGUGAGUAGACACUGGCUGAACCUCCUUUUUGCAGUUCCCAGCAAGAUGUCUUCAGCCCAGCUAGGAAUGUCACGGGAAGGCAACCACUCUCCAACCUCCUUUGGCUUGUGAGAGCUGAUCAGACAUCAGCUACCACAAUCUCUUGGUCCUUUUAAAGACUGACAGAGAAACAGUUCCUGUUAAGAUGCAGUUUGUUCCCCUGUCUUGCUGCUUACUACAAGGUGCUAUCUGGGUGGGGGUGGUGAUGCCUGGAUUACUGAAAGGGCCCUUUUCUGUCUGCCUGAGAGGAAAGUGUAAAAUCAGUUUCCCCGUGCACUGAAUUCUCAGCUGCAGGUCAGGCAGGGGGCACAGAGAGAACAAGCUAGGAUCAAGGUAGCUUCUCCUUUCCUUGGCAAACUAAUUGGGCUUGGGGCUUAUGAGGUGGCCCCUUCAUGUUUCCAAGGCAAAGUGGGCACCCAAUUGAUUUUCUCCUUGAUACGGGCUGGCCUCUGAACCAGGAUUCCCCAUUCCAAUAACCGUAGUGGUGGUGUGCACUACCUUUUAGUUGCCUGAAGGAGGAGGGAAGAAAGAUGCAGCGAAGAGAGGAUGGGAGAAAAACCCCUUCCCCACUAUCUGCUUCAGAGCAGGACUGGAUCUAAAGCAUCAGGAUACACUGCAGGUUCCACCUCAUUCUUUUCUGAACAUACUUUCAUCUCUGAUCUUUCUUAUGUCCAUUAGUUUGAGGCAGGCUCUGCAGAAAAAUGGAGAAGGAUUAACAGUCAUGCUCUGUUCCAACCUCACCUCGUUCCCUCCCAACAUGUUAGCAGCUGGCGUGUUUUUAAACCUCCUUCCCAGUGUCUCAUCAUCCUGAAGCCAAGAGAAGGCUUAUUUCUUGUGUUCGACUCCCAAGACAUUUCUCCUUCUCAUGCUAUCCCUGAGCUGGGACAUGUAUCCUCACUGCUAAAUCAUACACCACUUACCCAGGUCAUUGUAAGAGUUAAUCAGAAAAGUCUAAAAAGUAUUUUGUUGCAGAAGAGCAACAGGUGAGUAGAUGUGUCCACUCUUGAUUACUGGAGGGCUUGCAGGUAGUAGAGCAAAGAAUCACAGGGUCAGAAUGGGCCUUGAAGGCCAUCCAGUCCAAACCCAAAGCUGUUUUAACUACAGAUUUUUGUUACAUCUCCAUUUUCACACACUCGGGACCUUACUUUACAGUUAGGGCUGCCAGGCUCUGAAAUGGGCUCCCAAGUGAGGUGGUGCUCUCUCCUACCUUGGGGGUCUUCAAGAGGAGGCUAGACAGAUAUUUGGCUGUGAUAUGACCCCAGCACUCAUUCCUGCCCAGGGCAGGGGGUUGGGCCUGAUUAUCUGUUUAGGUCCCUUCCAACCCUAAGCACUAUGAUACUGUGACCUGCUGUUCUCCCUUUGGGUCUGAAGUGAGAUAGCAUUGCAGGACAGCAAAUGAUGCAGGUGACUGUUUUUUAAUUAAAAGAACCCCAUUUCCAGCCUCUACUGAAACCCCUUUUUAAAGGAACCACAAAACCAGCUGUCACAGGAUCUAAUGCCCUUUCUGGUGGGUGGGUGUGUUGGGAGGGGGGGUGGAGCUCUUCAUUGGGACUCCCUAGAAAGAAGCAGCCACACCAGGGCUGGCUUCAAGGGGGUCCUCUCAGCUGAAGGAGAUCAAAUAAGGCUUCUUGGAGAGUCCUAAGGAAGAGCUCCCUUUCUCCAUGCCAUCUCUGGGGUAGAGAUGGAAAAAGGAAGAAAAGCAGUAUGACCAAAGCAUUCUUGUACUCAGUUUUUCUGGGCUGGGAAAGGUGUUUGUUCCCAAAAGCUUGCAAAAAAAAAUUUUCCAACUAUUUGAGCUGGUCUAAUAAAAUAUACCAGAUUUACCCAAAGAACCUUGUCUGUCUCUUUCUAGGAUGUUUUUGGGUGUGAAGCUAGUGCUUGUGAAAGAUGCCAGCCUAUUAGAGGACAGGGAUAGAUGAGUAGAAAUCCUGACCAAUGUGACACUGAAAUAUCCCAAGAUUGCUGCAGCCAUGCUCUUAAAUAUUUAUUCCUGACUCAAAGGGGAGGAAGGGUGGCAUUCUGACCCAUGUGGGAUGGAGGGAGGCGGGAAUGGAAAAUGGUACAUGCUGUGGAUAAAAGAAAGAUGGCAAACAAUUUGGAUAUACAACUUUGGUCUGAAAGAAGGGUUGCUCUCACACUGGACCCAAAGAAUAGACUUGGCAAAUCGGAGUGCUGUGCCUGCCAGAGCUCGAUGUGGAAGAUGUCCUAGUAAGCCUGUGUGUAAGCUGUUUAUUGUUUUAUUAUAUUUUUUUCUGUCAUACUUUUGUUCUAAAUAAAUAUUACUGUGUUUGUGGAA